AUGGGGAAAAAGAAGAAGAAGAAGAGGAGCAGUGCAACGCUGCUCCAUGAGAGGCACUUCCGGGCCGACGAGUUCACGCAAGCGGCUCCAAUGGCGCACUGCGACGGCCUGGUGCUUCUCCCCACGGACACCAAAACCUACGUCUUCAACCCGGCCACGAGAGACUCCAUCUCCCUGCCGGAGAGCAGCCGAAACAUGAUGCGGCAGGAAGGCCCAAGAACCUGCCUUCCGACUGGCCUGGGCUACGAUGCUUCCACGGGCAGAUACAAGGUUGCGCGCGCUUUCUACCGUUCUGGAGAUUACAGCCACACCGCAAUGGGGAUGGAGGUCUUCACCAUCAAUGGUGGCGACGACGACGGCGACGAAGAAGAAGACGGUAAUUGGGGCUGGAGGGAAACCCAUGAGGAUUCUCCCUGCCUUGUCUGGUGCCCUCAGACUCCUCUACACCACAAGGGGCAUCUCUUCUACUUCACCGACACGAAGAACCAGCAGCCGUCGUCUCUCCCGCUGGGGCUGCUGCGUUUCAGCCUUGCAUCAGAAACAUUUGGGUUCACUCCAUUGCUCACCAACAUGUUCCCGCCUCGAGCCGGAGACGACGACGGAAGCAUUGUUAUCCAUGAGCUUGACGGCGAGCUAUGCGCCACUUUCUUCUGCAAGCAGGCGCGAAGAUUGUUCGUCUGGGUGGCAAGGGAUGUCUUGGACCCGAGAUGGGGGUUGCGUUACACGAUCCAUGUCUCGGAGCGUUUCUGCUAUCCGGUGGCCUCGCUUGGCGCCAACGGUGGGUUUCUUAUGCGGAGAAGGGGACGUAAUUGUCUCAUCCGUUAUUACGAGCAAGAUCAUCAGCAAGCCGUGAAAGAAGACGGCGUGUUUUGA